CUGAAGGAUCAUGUGACACUGAAGACUGGAGUAAUGAUGCUGAAAAUCCAGCUUUAUCAUCACAGGAAUAAAUUACAUUUUAAAAUAUAUUAAAAUAGAUACAAUUUCUAUAAUUUAUAGCAAUAUUUCAGAAUAUUCCUACAUUUUUUUUAAUCAAAUAGAUGCAGCCUUGGUGAGCAUAAGAGAAACAUUUGACCAAACGUUUGAACGGUAGUGUAAAUAGAAUAACACAGAAAAUAUUAAUAUCUUAAUUGUUUCUCCCAUUAAAUAUAAUAAAGUGGAGACUUUCCUGAAAUCAGGAAAAAGAAGAGCCUAGUACAGAUCCUACAUCUCAAAUUGUGCUCAGAUUUGAUGAUACCAAAAUCUUCCCUCAAGCAUCUUACAUUUCAGUAUGAACUCACAAAUUUCUCAUCACAUACUUCCCAGUCAUAAGCAUUGGACAAUGUAGUUCUGUAAUCUUACUGUACAAUUGUUUGGUUUGUUUGUAUCCAUAUUUCUAAAACAGCUGAAACAUAACUAAGAAAUCCACUGAGCCUCUUAAGCAAUGAAAUAACCUCAGAAAGAGCAAUAUUUUUUCCUUUACAAUUUAAGAAUUACUUUGAUGUUAAUAUUGUUGUCAUUUGCUAUUAUGCAUUAUCUUUAUUAUAUAGUGUUGCAAUGGAACUAGUCAAUUUUAGCUAUCGUUCAUUAUGUCUUUUGUCUGACUCGUGUAUUUAUUAUCUCUGAUAGACUUUAAUUCAUUUUCCCACUAAAUGUAUCUCUGAAAUGUCCCUCUGAGUUCAUACAACCACAUCAGCUGCUGUCUGUGGUGUGUGCGUAAUAAAAUCUUAACAGUCUAUUUUAAACUUACUCGAGUGGUUUGUGCUUUAAUGCCUCUUGUGUAAGAGUCGAUGUCAACGUGAAGCACGUUUAAAUCCUGUCUCGCUCUCACAAUACGUAACGAAAUCCCUUCAUGCUCACAGUGUCAAACUUUCUCGCACAAUGAUGAGACAAAGAGAUUUAAUCCGCUCAAAGAAGAGCGAAGGAGAGAGCAAAGGAUGGGAGAGAGCAGCAGAUGGCCAGAAAGACGUCAAUCCUCUUCGUUCUUCCAGGACAACAGUGAGACAGAAGACAGAUGAUUACAAGGGACACUGACGUUACUCUGGAGCCCCUGCACGUCACAGAGAUGGAAUGGGAAAGCUUAAGAGAGUUGUAUUAGGAUGAAAGGGCAAAAUGGCAAUUGGGGAAAAGAAUGUGAGUCUUUAAGGACAUCGGCCAUCACUUACUGGUGCCCAGCUGUCCAAUUGCUCCUCAGUAUUUACAGCCUUUAAUCAUUUACAGGAAUCUAACAAUUAUUGACAGACUCGGCAAGCACGUUUGUGUUAUCUUUUCUUCAGAUAAGACAAGCACACUUGAACUUUUUCAUUAAAAAGAUUAAUAGAUCAUAACUUGAUGCCACACUGCCCUCUCUAGCAGACGGGACGGUAGUGUCCUCGUGUCCCAUCAUCUCCAAGGUGAGAAUGUACAGAUGAGCAUGAAGCGCUUUUUAUGGCCUCUUAUCUAUUCUGUUUAAACUGCCAUCUCCACCUCUACACCCAUUUCCUCUCAAUACUGGGGAAUUAACUGAAACACUUUAUAUUGAAUAAACAGAGAUUCAUCUCUGAUGUGCAAACAUAUAGAUGUUCGGGGGUCCCCUGUUCUCUGAAAUCAAUGGCAUGACUGGCAUAGCCUUGUGAGAUUUACCAUCAGUUUAUCCUCGUUCAUUUCCUGAAAACAAGUUUGUUAUCGUUUUUCCUUUUCGUACUUGAGUGACUCAUGGAUUCUCUGUCGCUCUCUCAUAACUACUAUAUAAAUACAAGUUUACAGGGACAUGUCUUAUGUGGAAAACAUCAUAUCUGGAGGGCUUGGGGAUAUCACUGCUCAGUUCUUUGCACAAACUUUGUAGUUUUUAGAUUUGAUUUAAUAUUUAAGUCAAGCUUAAGAUUUAUUAUUACAGUUAUUUAAUCUUGAGGAUAUUUUUUUUUUUUUUACCUUUGGAUAUCAUCAAAUUUCAAACCAUCAAUUUCUAUUGAUGCCCACCUGGUCAAUCAUGCUUUUUGCCUGUUUUUUCAUCUUUUUUGCUCUGUUUCCAUCGCUUCAUUGGUGUAUGUAUGUUCCUGCACAGGACGUGCUUGUGCCGUUCAGCACACAAGUCAGGGAACGCCUGCUCUACACAGAGAACAGAUUACAAGGGAUGUUCCUUGAAAUGAAUCCUGAUGGAUCCGUCAGAGGGUCUCCGGUAAAGAGACAAAACUGUGUGCUGGAACUGCGUUCAGUGAAAGCGGGAGAGACGGUCAUCAAAAGUGUGGCUACAUCUCUUUACCUCUGUGUGGAUGAUGAAGACAACUUGAAAGGACAGCUGCAAUACUCUGAAAAAGACUGCACCUUUCAAGAAAUGCUACUGGAAGACGGAUAUUCUUAUUUCCUAUCUCCACACAAUCAGCUUCCUGUGUCGCUCCUCUCAAAGAAGUCUGGGCGGAAACAUGGUGCUCCAUUUUCUCAGUUCCUCCCCAUAAUGAAUAUGGUGGCGGGGAGAGGAGAGGACAGCCUGAAACAGGAGGUGAAAGAGUAUAUUCAGGAUAUAAACCUGGACUCUGAUGACCCACUUGGAAUGAGACAUAACUCACACAUACAGACACUCUUCAGUCCCAGCAUGCAUACUAAGAAAUGAGGACCAGUGAACGUCAGUUAUGGAGGCACACUUUACAUUAUCACUGGACUGAAAGGUUAAAAAAUGAUUUGUUACUGUAUUUUGUUGCCUGAAACUGUAUUUAUUUGAAUGUAUUUAUUUAUUUGUUGUGGUCUAAAAUGAUUUAAAUUAAUUUAUACAUCAUUAUUAACUUAAAUAUUGUUAUAUUAAACAUUAAACAAUUAUUGAAUUAAACAUUACAUUUUAAAUAACAUCACGGAUAUCUGCUGGAGCAGAUUCCACGUUCAGUUUGUU